AUGCAAUCAAGAAUCCCUCUCUCGCAGCUUCCAUUUGCAAUCCAGAUUCUCUUUGAUCGAGGGAAAGGAGUUGACGUUUCAGCAAUCAAGGAAAUUGUUAUGGCUCCUUCUAGGAAAUCUAGAAGUGUAAAUAAGAGGUUUUCUAGUGUUCGUGAGACUGCAUCUAGUAAAGACAAAAUUGCAGAGAAUGCUAGCAAAAAUAGGCUGAAGAUGAGUCCUGGUAUUCAGAAGAAGAGAAAAUUGGCUGACAUGUUAGGGCCACAAUGGAAUAAGGAGGAGCUUGAGCAUUUCUACGAAGCUUACCGUAAAUAUGGGAAAGAUUGGAAGAAGGUUGCUUUUGCUGUACGUAAUAAUAGAUCUGUGGAAAUGGUAGAGGCACUGUAUACUAUGAACAAGGCAUAUUUAUCUCUUCCAGAGGGUACUGCUUCUGUAGUUGGACUGAUAGCAAUGAUGACAGACCAUUAUAGUGUACUGGGAGGAAGUGACAGUGGUAAAGAAAGCAAUGAUGAUGCAGAAAUAUCUAAAAAGUCUCAAAAGCGUUUGCGGGGAAAGCAUCUAAGUGACAGUAAAGCAUUAGAUGGGCACUUUUCAGAUCAUUCUCAGUCACAUUCUGUUGCAUCAGGUGAUGGUUGCCUGUCAUUGUUGAAGAAGAGACAUUCUGGAAUUAGGCCACAUGCUGUUAGAAAAAGGACUCCCCGAGUCCCUAUUUCAUAUUCUAUUGGUAAAGAUAAUGGGGAGAGGUUCUUUUCGUCUGCCAGGCAGGGCUCCAAACAAAUGGUUGAUACUAAUGAUGUUGCUCAUAAGAUUGCAUUAGCAUUGACUGAAGCUUCACAAAGAGGUGGCUCUUCGAAAAAUACUGAAUCACCAGACAAGAAAUUUUUGUCUUCACCAGGUCUGAAAAGUGGGAAGAAGCAUUCCAAAUCAGAAAUAGCUGGAGCCAAGUUCUGCAGUUCUGAGUUGGAUGAUGGUAGUUCUGAGUUGAGUUUAGGAAGCACUGAAGGUAAUAAUGAAGACUACUCUAGAAAAACAACUCAUCAGAGUGGUAGAGAACUUACAGGAAAGGGAAGGAAUCAAGAAAAGAAAAUAAAACAAUAUGGGAAGAAUUUAGACCCAGAGGAGAAUUUAAACAAGCAUUUGAAUGACAUAAAGGAAGCCUCCAGUGGGACAGAUGAUGGUAAAAUUUUUACCAAAUCCAGCUUGAACACUGAUUUCGAAGAUGCAAAAAAUGCAAGGCCCUCUUACAAGGGUUCCAGGACGAAAAGUAAAAAGCCACUGUUAGACAAAGAUGAAGGUUCUGCUUUUGAUGCUUUGAAAACUUUGGCUGAUCUGUCUUUGAUGCUGCCAGUAACAAACCUCGACACUGAGUCAUCUGCACAGUUCAAGGGAGGGAACCAUGAUGCUGUUGAUGAAUGUAAAAUGGAAACACAUAAAGUAUAUCCUAAGAUUGAAAGCACUGCUUCAAGUAAGCUUUCCAAGGUUUUUGUUGACAAUGGAGCUGCCGUACCUGAAGCAGAGGGAACACUCCAGCUUAGCGCAGGAUUCAGGAAGAGGAAACAAAAAUCUUUUAACUUGAAAAACGAUGAAACUCAUCCUGGUUCUCAUUUAAGUUCCCAGAAAACCAGGGCUACUGAUGAGGUGAAGAAAUCCAUGGUUAAAGGUAAACGGACAUCUGUUUUUACAGCACAUUCAAGACAACUAAAAGUGGUGAAAUCACCGGGAAGCACUAAUGAAAAAAGGGAAAGGGAUGAUUCAUCUUUUUCUCCCAUGAAGGUUUCAUCAACUAACCAAGUCAGUCCAUUAAACAGAGGAAGGCCAAGAAGAAAAAUGGAAAAGCCAAAACAUAUGGCACAAGAUUUGGUGGUGUCUAGUAAUUCUUUUAGCAGUCAACAGAACAAACCCAUUGCCUCACUCCCAGGUGGCUCUUCUAGUCAAAAGGGAAAGCUUAUCAAUUGCCUAUCUUCGUAUCAAAUGCGGCGAUGGUGCACUUUUGAGUGGUUUUAUAGUGCUAUUGAUUACCCAUGGUUUUCAAAGAGAGAGUUUGUGGAGUACUUAGACCAUGUUGGAUUGGGUCAUGUUCCUAGAUUGACUCGUAUCGAGUGGGGCGUCAUUAGAAGUUCUCUUGGCAGACCAAGAAGAUUUUCAGAGCAAUUUUUGACAGAAGAAAAGCAUAAACUUCAUGAAUACCGGGAGUCUGUUAGAUCACAUUAUGCUGAAAUUCUUGCUGGUACCAAGGAAGGACUUCCUACUGAUUUGGCCCAACCUUUAAUUGUUGGGCAGCGUGUUAUUGCUAUUCAUCCAAAGACAAGAGAGAUUCAUGAUGGAAGUGUACUAACUGUUGACCAUUGUAGGUAUGGGGUUCAGUUUGACCAGCCUGAGCUUGGGGUUGAAUUUGUCAUGGAUAUAGACUGCAUGCCUUUGUAUCCACUUGAAAAUAUGCCUACAUCUCUGAUUCAACACAAUAGCUCAUCUGCUCAAAUAAACGAAAACUUCGUUGAGCUCAAGCCUAAUGGAAAACUUAAACAGAGAAAGAUUGCUGGGCACACAAUAUUGUCCCGUAUCAAACAAGAAAAUGUUGGUGGUGAAAAGGAUAGGACUUUUGUUUAUCAUAUUCUGAAGCUUUUGGAUGGAAUUGAUAUAGCAAAAAGUUUGGGGGGCUCAAAGCUAGAGCAUUCAUUGAAGAGAGAAACUUCAUUCCUUCUCUUGAAAGUUGUUGCAAAGAGUGAGAAGAGCGUUGUUGUGGUCAUCGGUGGAGCGAUAGAUGCAGGAACACCAUUCAAGGCAAGUGAAGAACGUAUUCACCAAAUACUGUCGAAGUCUAUCUCCUUGCUUAAUGUUGGGAAUCCAGAAACAGAUUCCGAAUUCUUAGAGAGACUGGGUUUUUCUUCGAGCUCCAAACCACAACCGAAAGUUGUAUGCAAUGAGAUUGGUAAUGCCCAACUAGCAUCAAGUUCUCAACCUUCCCUUCUUGAACAUGUCCAUUCAAAAGAAGCUGACAUAUUAGCUAUUUCAGAGUUGAAUCGUGCUCUAGACAAAAAGGAGCUUGUAUUAUCUGAAUUGAAGCACAUGAAUGAUGGCGUAUCAGAGAACCAGAAAUAUGGAGACAACUCACUAAAGGAUUCAGAACUUUUUAAGAGGAAUUAUGCUUCAGUUUCCUCUGCCUUGUUUUGCUUGAGGCAACGCAACACAUAUCCAGCAAGCUCCUCUGUUUUCUCAUUAAAGCCCAUGGUUAAUUUUGAUGAUCCGAGUGGUCAGGCGAGCUCUUCCAAUUGUUCAGCUUGCCACAACCAAGAAUCUAUAUCUCAAAGUCAUAUAGCUGACAUUGUUGAAAGUUCUAGAAGAAAAGCACGGACAAUGGUGGUUCAAGCUUCUCAGGCAAUGUCAAAUUUAAGAAAGACAGAAAGUAAGGUUGAAAGAAUUGAGGAUGCAAUAAAUUUCAUCAAUAACCAGCUUUCAGUGGACGAACCUACUGCUUCAGCCACAACUUUUCUGUAUGCGGAUUCUCUUUCUCUGGCUUCUCAGGAUCAAAUGACUGCAUUAAAUCCCUUAGCUAGUUGUCAAGGACAAGAUGCUGAACUCAACGGUUCAUCUGACCAAAAUGAAAUAAAAAUUCCCUCAGAACUCAUAUCACACUGCCUAGCUACGUUGUUUAUGAUUCAGAAAUGUACAGAACGACAAUUUCCCCCAGCUGAUGUUGCUCAGGUACUUGAUUCUGCUGUCACCAGUUUGCAUCCAUUAUGUUUAAAGAAUCUUCCAAUAUAUGGUGAGAUACAAAAAUGCAUGGGUAUCAUAAGAAAUCAGAUAUUGGCACUCAUACCUACAUAG